AUGAAACUUUUCGCAUUUUUCGGAAUUUUCGCUUUUACAGAAGCAAAACAGAUCUGGUACUGGGGGAAGAAAUGCGUCGAAGCGCCGGUUAUUGCAGACUUUGAUAUUGAACGAUAUAAAGGGCAAUGGAAUGAAGUCGCCCGCUACCCAAACUACUUCCAAGACGAUGAUGCUCAGUGCGUUAGAGCUCUCUACUCAGAUCGAGAUGACUUCUCUGUGAAAGUCAACAACACUCAAAUCUACGAGCGCGAUGGAGUCAGAGACCUCACCGGAGGUGUCGGACAAGCUGUCCAAGAAAUUGAUGACAAGCCAAACUGGUUGACAGUUACGUUCAAUUUGGAGUCUGCCUUUGCCAGUUGGAUCUCGAAAUUGUUCACCUCCAAGGGCAACUAUAAAAUGAUGGACACUGAUUAUGAUAACUACGCUGUUGUUAUGGGUUGCGAACGAUAUUGGUUUAUUACAGUCGAACAGGCUUGGGUGCUUGCUCGUGAUCCAAACUUCUUGCAGACUGAUCAAUACAGAGAGCUAAUGGACAAUGCUAUUGAGAACUGGGGCAUGCAAGAGGAUCUGCUUGUUUACUCUGAACAUUCUGACUGCUCCUGGGACAUCUUCACUCAGUUCGACCCAGAUUCUCCUUGA